AUGGAAGAAAAGUUAAAUGAAAUGGAACAAGCUGGUAUCAUCACAAGGACAUCAACGCCUUACAGUAGUCCAUUGACAUUCACUCUUAAAAAAGACGGCUCAGUUAGAGUUCUGCUUGAUGCCAGAAGCAUAAAUAAGAAAAUGGUUGCAGAAACAGAGAAACCACCUAUACAAUUAGAUGUUUUGAAUUCAUUUCACGGAGCGAAUUAUAUUACUACCAUUGACUUAAAUAAUGCAUAUUUUCAAAUUCCGAUAAAUAAAGAUGGUAGAAAAUAUACUGGAUUCACAUUCAAUGGAAAGUCAUAUGUAUAUAAUGUUUUGCCGCAAGGAUUAAAAACAUCAGUAGGAAGCUUUAGCAGAGCCAUAAAUUUAAUAUUAGGACCAGAAGUCCAAGAAUUUUGUGUGAACUAUUUAGAUGAUCUAGCCAUUAUUACAACAGGAACGUUAGAUAAACAUUUGGAGCACAUUGAUAUUGUUUUAAGUAAAUUGAACAAAGCUGGCUUAACGUGUAACUUGCAGAAAUGUGAAUUUAUUUGUAAAGAAAUUAAAAUGCUGUGUUUUAUAAUUUCAAAAGAAGGCAUAAAGACAGGUCCCGAUAAGAUUCGAGCGAUCCAAGAGUUUCCAGCACCUAAAAAGAUUAAACAAUUAAGGGCCUUUUUAGGUCUAUGCAAUUUUUAUAGAAGGUUUAUACCAAAUUACAGCGAGAGCAUAAUACCGCUCUGUGAAUUACUUAAAAAGGGACGAAAGUUCCAAUGGAGCGGUAAAGAACAGAAGGCAUUUGAUUUUAUAAAACAACAAUUUAUUAAUACAAUACAAUUGCAUCAUCCAGACUUUAAUAAGCCGUAUUAUUUACAAACAGAUUGUUCCGGUGUGGGUAUGGCCGGAGUACUAUAUCAGAUAGAUGAUAAUAAUGAAAUGAGAAUUUUAGGCUAUCAUAGUAAAGCCUUAAAAGGCCCCGAAUUAAAUUGGUCUGUUACUGAACAAGAGUUUUAUGCUGUAAUAAGCAGCCUAAAGAAAUUUGAAAUAUAUUUGAGGGGCAGUAAAGUAAUAAUACUAACUGAUCAUAAAGCAUUAUUGUUUAUUAAUAAUAUGAAGUUAUUCAAUGGUAGAGUAACCCGAUGGAUUUUGUAUAUAGAACAAUUUAAUUAUGAAGUACAGCAUAUAUCGGGUGGACGUAAUAUUGUUGCAGAUGUGCUAUCACGUUAUCCUCCUGAUGGCGAUUUAAUACAAGAGGAUAAAAAUAAUAGUUUAGAAAUUGCUUACACAGAGAGCGAACCGAAUAUUGAGUUGAUAGAAAAAUUAAAAUCCUUAUCAGUAUAUCAAUUACAAGAUUCAGAGUCGUUGGCUAUUAUUGAAAAGUUACUUACUUACUUACUUAUCUUCACGCACAAUCCCUGA